AGUUGAAUUGUUAGUUUAAGGUUAUCGCGAUCUCGGUUAACCCGCUCGUGUCUGAAAAUCAAUAGUUUCAUUUGCUUGUUAAAAAUAAUGUCCUCUCAAAUAUUUUAUUUCAUUCUAAUACUCAGUCCUGCGCUAUCAAGACAUGUACCACGUUAUUCAGACUUGGAUGAGGAAGACCAGCACUUAUUUCGUGCUGCAUAUGACACCCCAGCUUACAAUCAAGACGAAUAUCAAGAACCUGAUGACCUCCAUCUCGGCAAGCUAGACUUAGUGAAGGAUGGUUUGUGGGCUCUAAAAGCAAAAAUCAAAGAACUAAAGGCGUUCGAUAAAGCAUUAGCUGCGAAUAUGCUAGACACUAAACUAAAAGUCAAAGAUCUCCUCGAAAAUCAUUUGAAGCCGAUAAUGAAUCAUCACCAUGUAGAUGUGUAUGAUAAGAAGAAACCAUAUGGAUACCAGGCACCAUAUCCACAACACGACCCACAGUAUCCUCCUGAGCCGCACUAUAUUGCGCCUCCAUAUCCUGGUCCAGUGCCACAAUACGGCGGCCAGCAAUAUGGACAUGACCCCUAUUAUGGACAUUGAUUUUCACAUUUUAAUUAUGCAACGCAGGACGUCUCCCUCCAUUAUUAUUUAAUUCUCAUUACCUUCUUUAUAAAAAGAAUAAAGUGUUGAAUUAAUUGCAUGCCAUAUCUUAGCACUUUUUUGAUAUAAAUUAUAUUCUCUUA